GUGCCGCCCGCGGUGUUCGCCAACUGGAAGCCCAGCGAGCGCGUGCAGGCGCUGAGCGUCAACCAGUGCGAGGAGAUUCGCAGGCGCAUGGACGUCACCGUGGAGGUUCCCCCCGGCACGGACGAGGCCCCUCCCCCGAUCGAGUCCUUCGAGGACAUGAACCUCGACACCAAGAUCAUGAUGGACAUCAAGUACAAGGAGUUCGACAAGCCCACGCCCAUCCAGGCGCAGGCCAUCCCGGUGAUCUGCUCCGGCCGCGACGUCCUCGGAUGCGCGGAGACGGGUUCGGGUAAGACCGCGGCGUUCUCCAUCCCGAUGAUCCAGCACUGCCUCCAGCAGCCCGAGAUCAAGCGCGGCGACGGACCCUUCGCCAUCGUCAUGGCGCCGACGCGAGAGCUCGCGCAGCAGAUUGAGAAGGAGGCGAAGAUCUUCAGCCGAUCGUCGAAGGGGUUCAAGACGACGAUCGUCGUGGGCGGGACGAACAUGAGCGAGCAGCGCAUGGACCUCAAGAACGGCGUCGAGGUGUGCGUCGCCACCCCGGGUCGUCUCAUCGACCACCUCCACCAGGGCAACACCAACCUCGCCCGCGUCUCGCUCGUCAUCCUCGACGAGGCUGACAGGAUGCUCGACAUGGGCUUCGAGCCGCAGAUCCGCGAGGUGAUGAUGAACCUCCCCAAGCCCCAUCAGACGUUGCUCUUCUCCGCGACGAUGCCCGUGGAGGUGGAGGCGCUCGCGGCGGAUUACCUCAACAAGCCCGUCAAGGUGAAGGUUGGCGCCGUCUCAGUCCCUACGUCAAACGUCGCGCAGCACCUCGAGAAGCUGGUGGACUCGCAGAAGGUGGACAGGCUGUGCGAACUGCUCCUCGAGGAGAAGGCGGAGGCGGAGAAGUUCGGCGGCCAACUGCCGAUGACGGUGGUCUUCGUCGAGCGCAAGGCGAGGGCGGACGAGAUCAUGACCUUGCUCAACGCGGAGGGGGUGGCGGCGGCGGCGUUUCACGGAGGCCGGUCGCAGCAGGAGCGAGAAGCCGCGCUGGCCGACUUUACCACCGGGAGGUGCGCGGUUCUCGUCGCCACCGACGUCGCCGCCCGCGGACUCGACGUCAAGGGCGUGCAGCACGUCGUAAACCUCGACUUGCCCCGCAUGUUUGAGGAUUACGUGCACCGCGUGGGGCGCACCGGUCGCGCCGGGAUGACUGGGCGAGCGACUUCAUUUUACACAGAUCGCGACUCCUUCCUCGUCGCGCAGAUCAAGCGGGCGCUGCAGGAGCUCGAGAACGGCAACGCGUUCGCCUUUGCCACCGGCAAGGAGGCGCGCGCGAAGGAGCGCGAGGCGGCCAAGGCUUGGCGCGAGGGACGCGCGGGCGAGCCCGAGCAGGCGGCGGUGGGCGGCGUCGACAUCAUCGUCGACGACAAGUUCAAGCACAUGAAGCUCAGCGCGUCGAGC